AAGAUAAGGAAGGAAAUUCUUGAAGCAACUCAGAGCUCACGAACUCUGACGCUCAAGGAUAAGAACGCCACUCCAUAUUUCAAUGCUGCUAUCAAUGAAAUACAUAGACUAUCUGCUCUUUUGACAAUCAACCUAUUCCGCCAAGUCCGAGAGAAAACGAAUAUCGGUGACUAUAUCAUUGAGCCAGGAGUCCCAAUAACAGCUGAGAUAUCUCUUAUCAUGUCCAAUGAGAAAGAUUUCA